AUGAGGACGUUUGGCGCACUCACCUUUCUACUGUGCAUUAUCACAAUCGCAGCCGGAGCCAUUCCUAGUAUCUCCGAUUAUCCUCCUUGCGCAAUUACCUGCAUCGUUGAUGCCCUACCUCAGUCCCCAUGUACUGGUCUGAACCAGACUUGUCUUUGCGCCGACCCGGUCUUCAACGACAAUGUUGGGGCUUGUGUUAACUCUGGAUGCACAGUCAAAGAGGGCCUCAUCGUAGCAAAUAUGACCUGGGCAAACUGCGGCUUCCCGUUGACCGACCACACAGCGAUACCCCGAUUCCUCACAGGUACACUCUUCAUCUUACCAGUCAUCUUCAUGUGUAUACGGAUCUUGAACAAAUUUGUCAACCCAUCUCCUUGGGGCGCUGAUGACGUUUGCAUCUUCAUCGGGUUUGUAAGUCAGAUCCUGGACUGUCACGUCGCUGCACCGAUUCUGAUGUCCAAACAGGCAUGCGCGACGGCUUUGGUGCCUAUUGUGUAUCGAUUACUAGCUAUUGGUCUUGGGAGGGACAUCUGGACUCUCCAACCUUACAAAAUCACCGAGUUCCUCAAGAUUCUUUUUAGUACCCAGAUCUUCUACAUCACUGGCUUGAGUACCAUCAAAGCGUCCAUCUUAUUCUUCUACCUCCGUAUUUUUCCAUCUGUUCGCUUUCGCCGAGUAUUAUGGGCUACACAAGGUUUCAAUGCUUUGUUAUUAUUCUUGUACCUCAUUCUCACGUUCACUCAAUGUCGCCCACUCAACAAAUACUGGCUUGGAUGGGAUGGAGAACAAGCAGGCGUUUGCAUGGACUUCAACAAGCUUGUCUUGACUCACGUUGGCUUCAACAUUCUCUUGGAUAUUUGGAUGCUGGCCCUGCCACUCACACAGCUUUAUAAACUGAAUCUCGGAUUCAAGAAGAAAUUUGGGGUCAUCUUGAUGUUUUCUGUUGGAUUAUUCCUCACCGCAAUCAGCGCUCUCAGGAUUCAAGUCUUGGUUCACUUUGCGACCGCCAAUAACAUCACUUCUGAGGCCUUGUGGGUCUAUGUCUGGUCCCUUGCGGAACUUGAUGUUGGUGUUUUUGUUGCCUGUAUGCCUAGCGCAAGUCAACUCUGGAGAUGCACCUUCUCAAAGAUCAGAACGCUCUCACAUAGAUCUGAUGAAAGGUCUGGAUCAACCACUGAAAUGAUUCCGUCGCCAAAGAGGGCCAGUGCACCAAAGGCUCGGCACUUGUCUCUGGAGUCAACGUCGUCGAUAUUGAAUCGGUCCCCGGUCUGA